CAAACACAAAGUCCAUCUUUUUGAGCCUUGUGCCACUGAUGCGCAAUGGGUCGAAAGCGUGGACCUGGAGAGAUAGGAGAAGGUCGAGAUGGACUCGAUGCCUUUCAAAAUGGUUUGGCACCCCACGCGGUGGAAGCAGAAAGAUCUACGGAAGUGGCCGAGACUCCAGUAGUUCACGUUGCACCAGUCGCGGCCCCUGUGGCUGCAACAGGGUUGAGGCCAAUGGCCCUUGGCUUGCCAGGAGCGCUUUCACCAUCGAUGCCAUCCAACCCUGCUGGAGUUCCAAGUGGCAUGCCGAAUGCAGUGGCGCCAAACAUGCGCCCUCUGAACAUUACAGGCUUGCCCAGUUUGCCGCCGGCCCCCGGCAUGCCUCCAGGCGUGCCUCCAGGUCCUGGUGUUCCUGCCGGUGUAGCUCCAGGUAUUCCUCCGGGCAUAGCUCCAAUAGUUGGAGGUGUACCAGGUGUGCCUCCGGGUGUACCUCCUGGUGUGCUGCAAGGGUUGCCGCCCGGCAUGCCCGGCAUGCCCGGCAUGCCCCCAUUGAGUGCAGGAAUGCCAGGAGUUCCGCCUGGCCUCAGGCUUCCUUCAAAUUUGCCGAAUCUACCAGGAUUGAAUUUGCCAACUCUUCCAGGUCUUGCACCUAACUUGGGCAACUUGGUGCCCAACUUGGUCAAGACUGGCCCGCCAGUCAGAGCUCCUCAAGGGCCCGGAGCUGGAGGUACUCCAGGAGGUGGCUUGGACACUGAGUCAUUAGCACAACUCCGCUUUCAACAAGUGGCUGCAGAGUAUGAGCAGAUCAAGACUGCUGGUGUCGAUCCACAGGUCACUGAGUUGGCUGAGCAUUUCGGCUUGGAUGAACGUGUGACUCGUCUCUUGGAUGAAGAAAUGAAGAAGAGGCGCAAGACCUUCGAAGAAGACCUCCAGGCUCUUUGGGUUGGCUUGGAAGGAGCCAAAAACCCUGCUGGUAUGGUCAUGAUGAGGCUAAAAGAUAUGCGAAACGGAAUCUUCCGUGGAAUGUCCGCUAUGGGAAAAAAAGUUCAAGAAUAUGCAAAGAGGUAUCGACUUGACACUCAGGCCGGCAUUCGCUUGGCAGAGGUCUUGGAGCAAAGGGAGGAUCCAGAUGGUGACCUGGCCAAGAUCGCACGCCAUUUGGAACGAUCCAACAAGCCCUCGUCUCUGGUGAUGAUGAUGUUGCGGGAUCUACGCGACGGCAAGCCUGUGAAGGAGCCAGGGUAUGCUGCUGCUAUUGGAAGCAAGCUGCACGAGAAGGAACUGCGAGACACCAAAACAGAUCGCGAUCGCCCGAAGAAUGAGCGCCGGGACGGUCGCGACGGCCGCGACGGCCGUGAUGGCCGCAGCCGAAGCCGCCGCCGUGAAAGGCACCGGAGUCGGAGUCACCGCAGCCGACACCGGGAUCGCAGGGAAGAUCGUGAUCGAAGAGAACGCCGCGAAGACAAGAAGGUCGAUGCAGAAAACUGAAACAA